AUGUUGUUUUUGACCUUGUUGAAAGUGCGACGGUUUGACUGCGCUGAGGAUAACCCUGAUAAGGACGUACUGAAACGUGCCUUCAGUCAAGGCUCCUGUCUGUAUAUUGUUAUAGGCGCUGGGGCGCCGAGUAAGAUCAGAAAAGAGGAUUUGUACGAGAUAGAUGUCACAAUACCGUCCGCUCUGGCAAAUGAGGCCAGAGUUAAUGGUAUUCGCGCCUUGACCCUCUUAGGGUCUACCGGCCCCGAUAUAAAUGCAACGUACUCAGCAUGGACCGGAACCAUAGCUGGCGGUGGCUACUAUCGCCACUGCAAGGGCCAAGUGGAAGAGAAUAUCAAACAGCUCAACUUUGAGAGCACUAACCUGAUGCGUCCAGCGUGCUUGCUGGGCAAUACCAAUACGCCAAAGCUCGCGGAGAUAGCAAUCAAGGCGUUUAACUUCAUCACACCCGUCAAGUUGCAGGGUAUUGAGGUGACGACUCUCGCACAGAAGAUGAUCAAGGCGACCAACCUGUAG